AUGAGUUACAGAUGAUCACGCGCAAGACUCGCAUACCUCUAUCAGAGGAGGGUCACCCGACCACAGACCAAGGACAUGGACCCGAAGGCGGGAGAAUCCAUCCUUGCCUAUGAGGAAUGCUUGGCGGCAUUCAUCCAGGAGGCCAACGAUAGGGCCGCCGCCCCGGCCAAGGAACGUAACCGGAUUGAGCAAGAAGAGGAGGCCAAGCACCAGUUGGAGGAACAGAACCGACUUCGUCAGGAGGAGGCAGACCUGCAGGCUGCAGCUGGACACCGGUCACGCCAGCGGGAACGACUGUUCACGCGGGAGACCGUGAUCGGUGAUGAGACCGCACAUUGGGUGGAAAUGGCAUCUGGGGACGCAGCCUCGGAGACUGACAAAGGGCUGUCCACCGUUGCGCAGAUCUCCCAUGACCUCGUGGCCACCUUCACUCUGCAGCAGGAGGAAAUCCUCCACCUGCAGCAGACAGUGGACCAGAUGCUUGCACGGCUGCAGGCGUUGGAGAAACAGCCAGCUGCUGUAGCAGCCGCAGAGCCUUCUAACCUUGCCACCCGUGUUCAAACUUUGGAGGAUGAUGUCAACCACAUUAAGCGGGUGCAUCAGGACUUCCGGACGUCACAACUAGCAACGAACUUGCAGUUGGAGACGCAGUUCCAGGCCGCUGCGGCCGUGACACCUGCGGUCGCAUCCUCCCGACGCCCACCAAAACUGGAUGACAUUCCAGUUUUCUGCGAUCAGUCCAAGACGAACCGAUCCCCCCGGUACAAAGCCAACCGCGACAAAUGCGAGUUUGUCCGGCAAGAGCUUGAAUACUUGGGUCAUCUUGUAUCUCCGGAAGGCAUUCGUCCGUUGGCGGACAAGAUUCAAGCCAUCCACGAGUGGCCCGAGUCGAAGAAUGUGACGGACGUCCGAUCCUUCCUCGGCUUGGCCGGCUAUUAUCAGCGUUUCAUCAAGGGUUACUCGAAGAUCGCGGUCAACCUAAGCAAGUUACAAAGCGAGGAGCGGCCUUUUGACUUCGACGAUGAUGCUCGCCAUUCCUUUGAAACACUCAAAGCGGCACUCUAAUCCGCCGAGGUGUUACAUAUUUACGA